AUGGCCAGCCCUUCCGGCAGCCCCGAAGACAAGGGCAAGCUCAGAGGCUGGGACGGCCGGCAGAGGCGGGAGGAGGAGGAUGCCCCUCCGGAGGAGAAGAGGUUGAGGCUGGGGCUGGAAGGAGGAAGCGCAGCGCAGGAGGAGGGAGAAGACACUCCACGCCUGGGCAGGGAAGAGACGGGCACCCAGACAGGUGUCGAAGGCAGAGGUGAUCUACUCUCCCUGACAUAUAGCCUGGACUACAACCCUGAAAAUUCAGCCCUCCUCUCCAGUGCCAGGAACAGUCCACAGGACUUGGAUUCAGCAAGCCUGGCUGCCAGCAAUACCGAGGAAACUGCUCAAAGACCUCAUGCGAGUGGAACUCACAGCUUCCUGGAUCCGGCUCAGCAUUCAGAUAUCAAAGCAGACUGCAAUACCUGUGCGGAAAUAGAGGACAGAAAGGUUUCAAGACAGCAGAUGAAUUGUGACAGAGAGCAGCUAAGGGGUAAUCAGGAAGCAGCAGCUGCCCCUGACACAAUGGCUCAGCCUUACGCUUCGGCCCAGUUCGCUCCCCCUCAGAAUGGCAUCCCCGCGGAAUACACGGCCCCCCACCCGCACCCUGCGCCAGAGUACCCCGGCCAGACCACCGUCCCCGAGCACACGCUAAACCUGUACCCUCCCGCGCAGUCCCACUCGGAGCAGAGCGCCGCGGACACCAGCGCGCAGACCGUCUCGGGCACCGCCACACAGACAGAUGACGCAGCGCCGACGGAUGGCCAGCCCCAGACACAACCUUCCGAAAAUACAGAAAACAAGUCCCAGCCCAAACGCCUCCAUGUCUCCAACAUCCCCUUCCGCUUCCGCGACCCGGACCUCCGACAAAUGUUUGGCCAAUUUGGUAAAAUCUUAGAUGUUGAAAUUAUUUUUAAUGAGCGAGGCUCCAAGGGAUUUGGUUUCGUAACUUUCGAAAAUAGUGCCGAUGCGGACAGGGCGAGGGAGAAAUUACACGGCACCGUGGUAGAGGGCCGUAAAAUCGAGGUAAAUAAUGCCACAGCACGUGUAAUGACAAACAAAAAGACUGUCAACCCUUAUACAAAUGGCUGGAAAUUGAAUCCAGUUGUGGGUGCCGUCUACAGUCCCGAAUUCUAUGCAGGCACGGUGCUGUUGUGCCAGGCAAACCAGGAGGGAUCUUCCAUGUACAGUGCCCCCAGUUCACUUGUAUAUACUUCCGCAAUGCCUGGCUUUCCGUAUCCAGCCGCCACCGCCGCGGCCGCCUACCGAGGGGCGCACCUGCGAGGCCGUGGCCGCACCGUGUACAACACCUUCCGGGCCGCGGCGCCCCCGCCCCCCAUCCCUGCCUACGGAGGUGUUGUUUACCAGGAUGGAUUUUAUGGUGCAGACAUUUAUGGUGGUUAUGCUGCAUACCGCUACGCCCAGCCUACCCCAGCCACUGCAGCUGCCUACAGUGACAGUUACGGACGAGUUUAUGCUGCCGACCCCUACCACCACACACUUGCUCCAGCCCCCACCUACGGCGUUGGUGCCAUGAAUGCUUUUGCACCCUUGACUGAUGCCAAGACUAGGAGCCAUGCUGAUGAUGUGGGUCUCGUUCUUUCUUCAUUGCAGGCUAGUAUAUACCGAGGGGGAUACAACCGUUUUGCUCCAUACUAA